AUGUCAAUCAAAUAUUCAAUUUUAGUUCUCCAAUUCAUAUCAUUCCUAAUACACAAUCCUUCCACAACAGCAAAAACCAUCCCUAAUUCAAUUAAUAAUAAUAAUAAUUUGAGUAUCUUAGACCUCGCGACUAAUAACAAUACUAAUACGACUACUGAUUGUUGGACAUCCUUGUCGAAGCUGAGAACGUGUUCGAACGAAAUCGUGGGGUUCUUUUUAAAUGGAUAUACUGAAAUCGAUGAGCCGUGUUGUGAAGCUAUUGAAGUGAUUGUACACCAUUGUUUGCCUUCCAUGAUUAGUGCACUUGGUUAUACUGUUGAAGAAGGGAAUUUGCUUGCUACUUAUUGCACCAAGAUUUCGGGUCCUGCUGGUGCUGCUGGUGUAACACUUAUACAUGAGUCUAAAUCUAAUACUGAUCACACUCACGGCUAA